GUAUUCACUGUAGGCCGCCUCCAGCCAUCGCCAAUGGAGAUUUCUUUAGCAGUAACAGAGAGUAUUUCCAGUACGGAGUGGUGGUGACCUAUCGCUGCAAACUUGGAGAGAGAGGGAAAAAGCUGUUCGACCUCGUGGGCGAGGCAUCCAUACGCUGCACCAGCAAAGACAACCGAGCAGGCAUCUGGAGCGGACCUCCCCCUCAGUGCAUCGUACCCAACAAAUGCACGCCCCCAGACGUCGAAAAUGGAAUAAGGGAGUGUAUUCACUGUAGGCCGCCUCCAGCCAUCGCCAAUGGAGAUUUCUUUAGCAGUAACAGAGAGUAUUUCCAGUACGGAGUGGUGGUGACCUAUCGCUGCAAACUUGGAGAGAGAGGGAAAAAGCUGUUCGACCUCGUGGGCGAGGCAUCCAUACGCUGCACCAGCAAAGACAACCGAGCAGGCAUCUGGAGCGGACCUCCCCCUCAGUGCAUCGUACCCAACAAAUGCACGCCCCCAGACGUCAAAAAUGGAAUAAGGGUGUCUGAGAACAGAAGCUUGUUUUCCUUAAAUGAAGUUGUGAGGUUUAGGUGUCAGGCUGGCUUUGUCAUGAAAGGACCCUCCAGUGUGCGAUGCCAAGCCCAAAACAAAUGGGAGCCGGGGUUGCCCAGCUGCUCCAGGGUAUGUCAGCCACCUCCAGAAAUCCUGCAUGGUAAGCAUGCCCUAAGGGACAAGGACAACUUUUCCCCUGGACAGGAAGUGUUCUACAGCUGUGAGCCCGGCUAUGAUCUCAUAGGGGCUGCUUCUCUGCACUGUACACCCCAGGGAGACUGGAGCCCAGCAGUUCCCAAAUGUGCAGUGAAGUCAUGUGCUGACUUUUUGGACCAACUCCCUAAUGGCCACGUGCUCCUUCCACUUAAUCUUCAGCUUGGGGCAGAAGUAUCCUUCGUUUGUGAUGAGGGGUUUCAUUUAAAGGGAAGUUCAAGUAGUUACUGUGUCUUGGUUGGAAUGAAAAGCCUUUGGAAUAACAGUGUUCCUGUGUGUGAACAAAUCUUUUGUCCAAAUCCUCCAGCUAUCCUUAACGGGAGUCACACAGGAACUUCUCUCGGAGACAUUCCCUAUGGAAAAGAAAUUACUUACACAUGUGACCCCCACCCAGACAAAGGGAUGACCUUCAACCUCAUUGGGGAUAGCACCAUCCGCUGUACAAGUGACAGUCAAGGGAAUGGGUUUUGGAGUGGCCCUGCCCCUCGCUGUGAACUUUCUGUUCCUGCUGGUCAGUGUACACUUCUCCUCAAUACAGAUGGAUCAGUAUAUCUGGGCAAGAACCUCUAUAUCUUUUUCCUGACAGUCGUUCAUGCUUCUGAACACAGCUUUGUGAUGAAUAUCACAUACAGAAUUGCCUGCUAG